AACUGUUGAAUAUAUUUCCGCUUAUUAUUUUCAAUAGAGCAUUUCCCAUAAUCGUCCUGAUAACUUCCUGGAGAUAUGAUUAAGGUCAGACGUUUCACAAAGCCUCUUCUGCACUGCUCUCCUGACUCUUCACUUAGGUACAUCCAAAGAAGGCAAAAUGCAUCCCUGUGUUUUUCUCUUGGUGAGCUUGGCAUGUGGGUUGGCCCCAUUACUGGCUCAUCCAAUAGUUAAAGAUGAAGACAUCGACAUUACAGAGAUAAAUAAAGGCUUGGACCUAUUUGAAGGUGACAUCAAGGUGGCGGCCAAGACCAGGAGGAGGAGGUCCAUUCGCAGUGAACAGCACCGCUGGCCCCUACCCGUCCCCUAUUAUUUGGACCGGAGCCUGGAUAUGAAUGCAAAAGGAGUCAUCUUGAGAGCUUUUGAACAGUUCAGACUGAAGACAUGCAUUGACUUCAGGCCCCGCCGUUGGGGAGAGCAACAUAUUUCAAUCAAGAAUGACACAGGAUGUUGGUCCCACGUUGGAAAAGAAGAGUGGAAGCAGGAUCUGUCCAUUGGCUCUAACUGUGACACUGUGGCUACAGUGGAACAUGAGCUGAUGCAUGCUCUGGGCUUCUGGCAUGAGCAGUCCAGAUAUGACCGGGACAAUUACAUCACAAUCAACUGGGAGAACAUUGAAGCAGGGAAGGAGCAUAAUUUCAAAAUCAGAACGAACGAUACCAACAGCACCAUGGACACCCCAUACGACUACUUCUCUGUCAUGCACUACCCCAAAAAUGCCUUCACAAAUGGAAAUGGAUCAACCAUCAUCACAAAACUACCUGAGUUCCAGGAUGUGAUUGGACAGGAACUGGAUAUGAGCCACUAUGAUGUAGAAGAGCUCAACAAGUUCUAUGGAUGCAAUGAAUCCAUCUCCUUCCUGGACCAAUGCAGCUUUGACGAUGAGAGCCUGUGUGAGAUGAGUGUCUGCUCCAGAAGAUCACAAGGGUGGAGGAGAGUGAGCCGAGCUGAUGGAGGUCCCCACUUAGACCACACCUACCUGGGCACUGACUCUCAAGGCACAGGCUUCUUCAUGCACUUCAGCACCAAGAGAGGCAGCGUGGGAGACUCAGCCAGAUUGCAGACCAGGAGGAUGACCCCCGGAAGAAGCUGCAAGAUCCAGUGCCUUGAGUUCUUCUACUACCACAGUGGGAAUUGGUCUGACCAGCUCAACAUCUGGAUCAGAGAGUUUGAUGGUGUGGAUGACAUCAUAGGAACUCGCAGACUCAUGAGUCAGAUACAAGGUUCCCCAGCUGAUUACUGGAAGCUCCACCAUGUUCCUCUGAACGCCACUAAGACCUUCCAGGUAGAGUUUGAGGCCCGCAAAGGAGCAGGGUCCUCCAGCGGUGGCUUCUCUAUGGAUGACAUCAACCUGUCAGAGACCGAAUGCCCCCAUCACACAUGGCAGAUCAGGAACUUUGAGGAAGAGUUAAGCACAAGUCCCAAUAACUCUUUUCUCCUCAGCCCAAAAUACUACUCUGCCGAUGGGUAUAGGUAUCAGGUAAUGGUAUUACUGAACAAGGACUAUUUUGGAGUCUUUGUCCGCCUCGUUUCAGGGAUCAAUGAUGACUGGUUGCAAUGGCCGUGUCCAUGGAGACAGGUGACCUUUACACUACUGGACCAGAACCCUCACAUCCGGAAGCGCAUGUCCCAACAAAGAAGUGUAACCACAAGUACUGCAUUGUCUCUUCGUGAAUGCUUUCACAACCCACGCAUAUGGGGAAGUCUUCAAAAUGUCUCUUGGACAUCAUAUGUUAAUAAAGGGUAUGGUUAUGGUUCUUUCAUGCCUGCUGCAAAACUUGGAUCCAGGGAGUUCCUUAAAGGAGGUGACAUCUUCUUACUCAUCACUAUGCAAGACAUUUCUCCUCUGCGUAACCUGAGCAGCCUCCCUUGUCCCAGCAUGAAAGGGAAGACCUUCUCUGUGUCUCCUCUGCAGCAAACUGAUGAUGAUGGACCCUGUGGAACACAGCACUCCAGUACCCCAACCUUAAUGUCAACAACCUCCACUCCCAACACAACAACAUCAACAACCUCCACUCCCACCACAACAACAUCAACAACCUCCACUCCCACCACGGCAACCUCCACUCCCACCACAACAACAUCAACAACCUCCACUCCCACCACGGCAAUCUCCACUCCCAACACAACAACAUCAAGAACCUACACUCCCACCACAGCAACAUCAAGAACCUACACUCCCACCACAACAACAUCAACAACCUACACUCCCACCACAACAACAUCAAGAACGACUGCCUCAUCGACCUACACUUCCACCACAACAUCAAGAACAACUGCCUCAACUCUCAGAUGUGACAACAUUUUUUCAGUCACAUGCUACAAGAUAGAGAUCUCCCCAGGGGCCCUGGUGUUGGUCACACUGCUUGUCUUUAUUUGGGGGAUGCUGUGUAAACCAUGUUGCUGUAAGAAGAAGCGCAGUGUCCCAUCUGCUGAAAACAUGGUUUUUAUGCAGAUGCAAGAGAACUAGAUACAGAGUCUGCAGAAUCUCUCUUACCUGUAUGUCAUAUGCACAUCUGCAGAAUCUCUCUUACCUGUACAGUAUGUCAUAUGCACAUCUGCAGAAUCUCUCUUACCUGUACAGUAUGUCAUAUGCACAUCUGCAGAAUCUCUCUUACCUGUAUGUCAUAUGCACAUCUGCAGAAUCUCUCUAACCUGUACAGUAUGUCAUAUGCACAUCUGCAGAAUCUCUCUUACCUGUACAGUAUGUCAUAUGCACAUCUGCAGAAUCUCUCUUACCUGUACAGUAUGUCAUAUGCACAUCUGCAGAAUCUCUCUUACCUGUAUGUCAUAUGCACAUCUGCAGAAUCUCUCUAACCUGUACAGUAUGUCAUAUGCACAUCUGCAGAAUCUCUCUUACCUGUACAGUAUGUCAUAUGCACAUCUGCAGAAUACAUUAUGCUACUGGAAUUAUUCUUUUUAAAACCAAAAUAAAACUUUUCUUCUGUUUGCAACUGA